CGUAACAGUCGGAAGAAGAUGUAUCGUAAUUGUAAUUUUGUUUAUCGAUUAUUUUUCUCAUCUUCUUCGUUUUUUUAAGUCACAAUAGAAUUUGAAGUGUCAAAAUAAACCGCAGAAAGUAACGAAAAUAUAAAAAGUUUAAAUGGAUCCGAGUAUUUUCUUUUAUUUAAGUUCCAGCGAUGAAGAAAAUAAUGAAAGAGUUGUGCGAAAACAACUUCGAGACAAAAGCAAUCCGCUAGCAUUAUCAAACAAUGCGUUUAUCCAAAGGUUUCGCUUAAGCAAAGAAGCAUUUAAUUAUGUUUUAAAUAACAUAAAUAUAAAUUGCCAAGACACAAAAGCUGUUCCGGCGGUGCUCCAACUGGCUGCGUGUCUCAGCCUACUCGCAAGUGGUGGCUAUCAGCAUGCAAUAGGCAAUGACUAUUUGAUAGGAAUGUGCCAGAGCACUGUCUCGAAAUUAACGGGCAAUGUUUUGGAAGAAAUUGAAGCCAAAUUGUGUCCUAAACAUAUUAAAUUUGAGCCAGAUGAUUCGAGAAGGUGCAAAGAGUGGUUUGUUGAGAACUAUCAAAUUCCAGGAGUGGUUGGAUGCAUUGAUGGCACCCACAUUGGACUACAAAAGCCCACGGUCAACGAGCAUAUGUAUUUCAACAGGAAGGGUUUUCAUAGCAUAAAUGCGAUGUUGAUUUGCGACCACACUACGAAAAUUCUCGCAAUAAACUGCCAAUAUGGGGGUGCAGCCCACGACUCAUUCAUAUGGAAGCAUUCAAACGAACGAAUGGUUAUGGAACAUCGUUUUUUGCACAAUAGGAGUGACAAUGCCUGGCUGCUAGGUAAUAUUAUCAACUCGCAACAACAAAGCCCUCCAAAUGAAUUAACUAUUCUAAAUGAAACAAAUCAUUCACAAAACAACAUAUACGAAAAUGACAAAACUACUCCCACCUUCAAUAAAACCGGUUUACCAAACAUAAAUGAUAACAAUUUACAACAACAAACCUCAAUUAUUAAUAUACAACAACACAAUAGCCACAUAAGCACAACGCAAGAAAACCCAAGCACUGUACAAACACACCGUGCAUAUAAUAACAGUUCAAACUCAGAAACCAAAGAAAAUAGAGAAUACGAUAUGAAUUCAAUUACAACAAUGUUAUCAGUCGAUGACCCAACAACAAGCGGAACGAAUCACCAUAAAAAUAAAACCAGUUCUAACGAAUACCAGCAAAUAUUUCGUGAAGCUUUACAACCAUACAACGAGGGCUGGGAAAUCAUAUACACCGAUGGAUCGAAAUCUGAUACCAGUACAACGUUUGCUGUCACAAACACACUUGGUGCCACGAUUACCGUCGGUGCUCUGCCCACAUACUGCUCAGCUUUUACAGCUGAAGUAGCUGCUCUGCAUGAAGAAGUACUGUACGCAUCUCGUUAA